AUGUCCGAAGGAUCGAGCUAUUCUCCCAACUUCAAACGACCAUCGGAAAUUAUGCGAAUGCGAAGAAAAAGAGCCCGCAGCGAAGCUUUCGAUAGCCCAAGCAGCGACGCCAGCGGCACCGAGCAAAGCACCCCUUCCCCGUGUGUCCGUCCCUUCUCUCCUGGCCCACUUUUUUCCAGCAAUCGUGCUCGCUCCGGUGGUGGGGUGAAACGCAGGAACCCCUUCGCAAACAUUGAGAACAGACAUGGUCAGGGGAAGAAACGUCUCGUUUAUAACGACGAAGGAAAAGACGUGGACGACGACGAGGCGGGCGGCCAAAAGCGAGAAAAUAAAAAAUCAAGAGAAGAUUUCACAUCAAAAAGGAACGGUUUACCUUUCUCAGAAUUGUUGGACACGUUAGACGUUGUGUCCCGACAAGAAAACGACAAGCAGAAGUGUUCUCUCUCGGAAGAUGACUCUCUCUUCGAGGAAAGCGAGGAAGACACUAAAGCACCUCUGUUGAAGAGCCCACAGGCCAUUUCUCCUCUCUCUAUAGCAGCUGCUCUGUGCACAGAGUAUCCCUCCGACUGGAGCUUGAAGACCCGUCUUCUUUUCACGUCCUCGCUGUCACUGUCUUGGUGUGAGCAGCCGAAAGCUCAGGAGGAAGCCUUAGGGCUCAGCCAGCACUGCCGAGCACAGUUUAGCACAUUGCCCCAUAACUUGCAGGAUCCGAAGUCAUGUACAGAACUUCGCUGUGCCUUUCAGCAGAGUCUGAUCUAUUGGCAACAUCCUAGCCUGCCUUGGUUGCCUCUUUUCCCCAGGAUCAAUGCUGAGCGACGAUUUACUGGAAAAAGUGCCCCUUGGGCACAAGAUGCAGAUCUGCAGCGAGUGCUUAUGAGUGAAUGGUCAGCCAGUCUGUCGUCACUCUACAGUCUCCUAAAGGCCAAGCUGUGUCCUUACUUCUAUGUCUGCUCCUAUCAGUUCACAGUGUUGUUCCGGGCAGCUGGACUGGGAGGCUCAAGCAGCAUAAAUGCACUGGUUUCUCCCACAACCAGUGGCCUCCGGGAAGCCAUGAGGGCUGACGGUAUCGAGUUCAGGCUGCCUCUAGUGGAAGAAAGGACAAGCAGAGAGCCACAGAUUCUUGGUGACAAGGAGACGCCACAGCAGAAAGAGUCAGACCACCUCGAGGAUGAGUGCUGCUCAGAUAGCCUUGAAGCUGAGGACGAAGACGAAGGCCGCAGCAUCUCAUGGCUAAAGGAGAUGGGAGUCCAGGACAAGAUCAAGAAGCCAGACUGCAUCAGCAUCCCACUGCAUAAGGGUGGCCGAACGGUGAAUGUUGACCACAAGCCGGAAUCUGUGGUGUUUGUAGAGGGGAUGCACACGUUUACACUCAUCAACUUUCUCAUCAACUGUAAGAGUGCAGUGGCAGUGGCGGGGUCUCAGGCAGGGCUACCACCGACCAUUCUGGCCCCCGUUGCUUUUAGAGGUGCUUCGAUGCAUUCGCUUAAGGCCCGUUGUGUAAAUGUCAAGAGCCAGGUUGGUUCUGCCUACCAGAACAUUAGCAGUAUGGAGAUAACAGGACCUAUCCUGCCAACCUCUCUCCAUGCCAUCACAACAUUGCUCAGGCCCGCACAGAAAGGAAAUUUCUCAGCCACGCUUUACACGCACACGCCCACAGCCAUCCUGAAUGUUCAUAGAAACGGGCAACAGUGUACGAGUGGCUCACCAGACCUGUUGGCAUUUGGCCUUAAUCCAGCCUCCAUCCAACAGCUGAUGCAACCAUCCAGCCUGGGAAAGACAGCUCUCACACAAAUCACCAUGAAUAACUACAACUACAGUUGGAAGAAGUGA